UAAUCUUGAACUGCGCUCCAUCAAGUUAAGAAGUCUCAAACUGGUUUCGCCGCAGGGAGGAAGAAGGACGCACGCACUAAAGGCUGUCUGGUCUCGCUCUUAGAGUACGGGAAGAAGAAAAAAAAAACCGACGCCACGCGCGUUUUAACCAGUGCAGACAGCGGCGGUUCUGGCGCCUCGGAUGAACUCGGAGGCUGAUUGAUUGGCGAGACUUAGGCCAGCCACGUAGCGAUGGCUUGUAAACGGUAACGGCGGCGGGCAAGGACUUUCUAGUCGCAAACUCAAGCUAUUUACGAUAGAUGGGGAAUGUCUGCUGAUGGAUGCGAUUGCAAACUGUUCGUAAACACUCACGGUACCCGCCAAGGAGCACUUUGUCUCGAGCAAGAAUAAGAUCGGUAUUUUAUCCGAUCCCUACACUACUUGAGGUGCACGGAAUGAGGGAGAGGGCGCUCGUGUCUCGGGUAGUGUCUGGCUGCAGGGUGCCGAUCUGGAGCAGCUGGUAAUGACUGUGAGAUCUGAUCAUUGAGUGCAAAGAUGCCAUCAGAUCACUGACACAGGGGAGGCAGCUUUUGUGUCCGAUUCAGCAGAGAUUGUAGAUGAGACACAGCUAUUGUUUUUGCAAGGUAAAUGGAGAUACUGUUGAGCGACUGAAACUGGGAUCUAAAGACAAGAAGACUUGCCUUCAGAAGCUAUCUUAUUUUGGGAAAAUAUGUGCGUGUAGAUGCAUAGUGAUGCAGACUUUGCGUGAGUUCUGUUGAGGACUGAAAUUAGUCGAUCUCUGUCUUCCUGUCUCACAUUUUUGGAUAUUUCUCAGUCUCUUUUUCAUGAUAGUAAAACUAAUGGAGGCCUGGUUUGGCUUAGGCUAAUUUGUGUUUGGGUUUUACCUAUUCCAUCCUCCUGUUUUCCUCUUCUUCUCUUGACCCUUGAAUUUUUUUUGCCCUCCUCUCAUUCUGGAGAGGAGGGGUUGGUCGCCCUUGCCCCAUAUCUCCUUGACAGGAAAUAGUAGUGAUUCUCAAGCUUGAAGAGGGAAACACAUAAGACGUUUGAAAAGGCAGCCACUCACGCAAACGGCCGCCAAUGAUGUCCUGCCAGACACUGAAGGAGGAGGUGUCUGGCCCAGAGACAAUGUCUCAGGAGGAGACCCAACCCCCCCAAACCUAUUUCCAUAACGCCUCCACUCCUGAUGCUGAAAUAUCGGCGAAACUAUUCAAAAGAGACGUAACAGCCCAACCAUUCUCUUUGGUCAUUGACAGCACGAUGGGUACUAGGCCAGAGUUGCACAUGCCUUCUGAUCUGAAUCCCCUUCCUACCCCAACUCAGCAGUUUUAUAGGGAAGGAAUGGGACAAUCUGGGACAAAGGGGGUGCCCCAGAGAGGGAAUGGAGAAACUUCGGAAGAUUCAGAAGCCGAAGAUGAAGCAGGGGCAGAGGAUGAAUUUAAACGAGCACAGAUUAUCGUGGAGGUCAACCUGAAUAACCAGACCCUGCACGUGUCCAAAGGGGAUGACACGGCAAAUCCUAACACUGCAGGAGAAGACAAGAGCAACAGUGAGGAAGAGGAAGAAGAUGAGGAGGAGGAAGAAGACAGUGCAGAAGAUGAUGAUAGUGCUGAAGAGGAUCUGGAAGAGGAGGAUGAAGAUGAAGAGGAAGAGGAGAACAAUAGUCGGCGAACAAGAGCACAACAAGCACACAGGGGCAGAGUGGUUAGUCAGCCAUGGCGGAAGAGUCGCCACGUAACCACAUCAUCGACAGGAAGUGCAACUACAGCCACCACCGGUAUGACCACCAGGGGACGGAGGAAGAAUGCCGAAGUCCUGCACCAAAAGCGUAGACCAGUCAGGGAGACCAAAGGUUCUGCCGCUUCUGCCUCAGGAGCAACGAGCACAGGAGAAGGGCCCAAGGGAGAAGGUGAGGAGGAGACGCUGGCGUGUGAAAAAUGUCCACGUGUGUUUAACACCCGCUGGUAUCUCGACAAACACAUGAAUGUCACGCACAGACGCAUGCAGAUCUGUGACAAGUGUGGGAAGAAGUUUGUGCUGGAGAGUGAACUCGCCCUGCACCAGCAGACGGACUGUGAGAAGAACAUCCAGUGUGUGUCAUGUAAUAAGUCCUUUAAGAAGCUGUGGUCUCUUCAUGAACAUAUUAAGAUUGUCCAUGGCUUUGCCGAGAAGAAAUAUGCCUGUGAGAUUUGUGAGAAGAAAUUCUACACCAUGGCCCAUGUCCGCAAGCACAUGGUCGCUCACACAAAGGACAUGCCGUUUACCUGUGAAACCUGUGGAAAGUCUUUUAAGCGCAGCAUGUCACUGAAAGUGCACUCACUUCAGCAUUCAGGAGAGAAGCCCUUCCGUUGUGAGAACUGUGACGAGAGGUUCCAGUAUAAAUACCAGCUGCGGUCACAUAUGAGCAUUCACAUAGGACACAAGCAGUUUAUGUGCCAGUGGUGUGGCAAAGACUUCAACAUGAAACAGUAUUUUGACGAACACAUGAAGACACACACAGGUGAGAAGCCAUUCAUCUGUGAGAUCUGUGGGAAGAGUUUCACCAGCCGCCCCAACAUGAAGCGACAUCGGCGCACCCACACAGGAGAAAAGCCUUACCCUUGCGAAAUUUGCGGCCAGCGUUUCCGCUUUUCCAACAUGCUCAAGGCACACCGUGAGAAGUGCUUUCGAGUCACCAGCCCGGUGACCCUUCAACCUGCCACCAUGACUAUUCCUAUUCAGCUUACUGGCCACACCCCCAGUCCACCUCAGCCCACUCAGUCAACGCCUUCCAUUGCAUCCGUAGGCCCUGGAAUGAUUUGUCCUGCCACGGGGCCCCUGCCUCAGAGAGCGGUCGCCACACACGGCUUUACUCAUUUGCACAUGCAGACCACACCCGUACAACAACACCCCACACAUACUCAUACUUCUGUCCAUCACACAGGACAUGCCCCCAUGACGAGCCACGCCUCUCAGCAUAUUUCAGUGCAGCCUUCUGUCCUGCCCCCGCCUCCUGCCCUUUUCAAGAGCGAGCCAAUAAACCACUGCACGCAUGAGGACGCAUACCUGCGACAGGGCGCCACACAGCAACACCACUAAAACCGAAUGCGGCUCCAAUAAGGUGCUCCUUGGAGAAUAGAGCAGAAAGAGACACAUUUCUGCAUUAUACACCUGUCUAAUUCACACAAGAAUUAUCAAACUCAAUGAAAAUGUGAUCUUUAUGUGUAUGUGUGGGGGGAAGAUAGAAAACUGAUUACAAACUGAUUACAGACUACAAACAUACUUGCCACAAGCUCUUGUGACCAAACAGGUUUUUUAGACAGAUGAACUCUGUGAACUCAAAACAAAACACAACUUCUGAAAGCAUUACUCCGAUUCAUCAAACUCUGGUUGCACAAAAUGGUUGUGUAUCACAAUGAACAAAACAUUGUGUGCCAUUGUGGUUUAAAUGGCAAAAACAUGACCUCUUAGUUUCUGUCUCUCUUAGGGGCUGUUCACACCGAACGUGUUUUUGUUUGUCUGUGCUGUUUUUCUGUCUAAACAUGUGCUAGACAGACGUCUUUGUUGCGUGGCAUCUAAAAAGAACUUUUAAAAACAUGUUUUAAGAGACCUGCAGUCUGUUCUGUUCGUUGCACUGCGUCUUUUUUUUUUCUUUUUUUUUUUUUUUUACGCAAGAUCUUGUUCGUUCUGAACAACCCCUUAUUUGUUAUCAACUCAUCUGCUGCUGCAAGGGUUCUACGGGUUCAAACAUUUACAGGAUAAAGGUCUAAGUUUCAAAAUCACAAAUCAAUAACUUUAAAAUGCAGUGUAACUACUUUAGAAAUGUAGGUCUUCCCAAUUCAAAAUAUUCCUACAUUAUGAAAUACUGACACAAAUACAAAUGUCACACAUACAUAGUAAACAGCACUUAAACUCAGUGUAGUCUAUAUGACACAUUUUUCUGUUGCCCGAUUGUGGUUGUUGGUGGUUUUAUUCCAAUAUUGGAUUUUUUGUUUUGUUUUUUUAUUAUUAUUAAAAUGUGCUUUCUGGAUAAUGCCUGUAGCUCUCUGAUGUGUUCAGUCAGAGUUUGAGACUGUUAAGAAAGACCAAUGCUGUGAUGUGAAAUAGGAGGACUGCACCUAAAGCAGAAAAAGCAAAUUCUUUGUUUUACUGUAUGUGCUCUGUGAUCUAACUCGCUUAACCAAUAUUUUGAUUUGUAUAAUGUAGAGAUAACUUGCUCUGUGCAAAUUUUUAAAAGGAAAAUGGAUUUGUAUGUUGAAGUGAGAUUGUGAGAGUUUGUGUGAUGGAUUGGAAGAUAUGAAAAAGAUUGGUUUCUAAUCAAGUAUUCUACAGAAUGUAGGAGAGGAGUGCCGUUAUGUGUGCCUGUAUGCGUGUGUGACAGAUUAUGCCUCUGUGGUGCUGGUAUCAAAAGCUGCUUUGUAGGUUCUAUCUAUCUUUUCCUACUACAUGAUUCUUUAUCAUGCAGAUAAUUAAAGGAAUAGUUCACCCCAAAAAAAUGGAAAUUCUAUUAUUUACUCACCCUCAUGUUGUUCCAGAUCUGUACGACUGUCUAGCAGGAUGUCCAUGCUAAUUUUUUCCAUUAAAAGUGAAUGGUGACCACGGCUGUCCCUGGUCCACAUCCACUUUCAUUGUAUGUAAAAGAGUAGUUUAGACAUUUUUAAAUAUUUCCAUGAAAAAAAGUCAUGGGUUUUAAACAACAUGAUUUUAUUUUAUUUUUUUUGGUGAAUUAUCCCUUUAAAGUAUGUGUAUGCGUGUUAAAAUGGUUCAGGAGCAGCGGAGAGAAAGUAAUGGGAAGCCUUGAGCCAAUCACUGUUGAUUGAUUGAUUGAUUGAUUGAUUGAUUGUGUGAUUUUGUUUGUUCUCUCAUUAGACUGUCUGCCCUCUGCACUUUACUGCCAAGUUAGAGGUUUGCGCAACUGACAAAGAAUGAUUACAUGUCCAGUAUGUUAAAAGGAUAGUUCACCCAAAAAUGAGAAUUCUGUCAUUUACUCACCUUGUUUUUCCAACAGGAAAUUGAGCUGUUAGUUAGAAUUUUAGAGACUGACAGCCUCUGUCACAAUUCACUUUUAUUGUAUGGGAAGAAAAUGGUGACUGAGAAUGUAUGUCCCUAACAUUCUCCAUAACAUCUCCAAUUGUGUUUAACAGAUGAUAGUUACGUGUGUUUAACACAACAUAAAGGUCAUUAAGUGAUGAUACAAUAAAUUUUUUGGGAGGUGAACUAUCUGUUUAAAGUUGGCAGGCUGUUGGAAAAUGGGGAGAAUCACAUAGGGACACAUUGGGAUCUUUCAUUAAAUGUUAGUGAAAUUUUGUCUGUUGCUAUAAUUCACCCAUUCAACCAUUUAUUUUUCCAUCAAGUGCUGUCCCUUUUCAUCUGUGAAGUACUCUCAUCAGUAAAUGUGGCAGUCAAUCGUGUCUUUUAUUAACCAAUGUGUUUAGAGUUAUAUGCAUCUGAUUCUCUCCCUUCUCCAUCAGUUGACAGAAUGCACUUUUUUAAUAAAAUCUUUCUAGAUGAGCAAAAUAAGCAGACUAUAAUAAUGUUUAUUCUUGUUAGGUGUUUUAAAAACAAAUGGACUUCCUCUUCUCAUCCAGUCAGUUUCAGCCUCUACACCAACACAAGCAGUGUUUUACUUUGUCAUCGAGUCUGGAACAAAAACUUCUUUAUAAACUUGUUUGUUUUUUGUUUCUCCAAGAGACCAUCAUGGACUUGCAUUAAUUUCAGGCCUUUUUUAUAAUGUUCAUUUAACACACUUUCUGCUAACUUUAAAGAAGUAAAAAAAAUAUAUAUUGAAUUAGCCAAAAGCAGAACUCACUUGUCUGAAUUUUUACAUAUGUGUGCAUACUGUUGGUUUUAAAGUGUGUUCGAGAGAGAGAUGGGAGUGGGGAAUUUUUAGUUCUUUAUUCUGGAUAACCAAAUGACUCGCUAUGAGCUCACUCUUUUUAUGUGACCUUUGCCCUUGUUGAGUGAAAUCCACAGUGAAGUGCAGGUAACACAGGUUGGUCUUACAUUUUUUUUUUUUUUUUUUUUUUUUUGUCAAAUAACUUUUACAUUUAAAUCAGAGGUGAAAACUUUUAAGUAAAGAUGAGGAUGGGGGGGAACUUGGUUAUCCUUUGGGGACAAAAUUGUAAAUAACUUUUUUAUUUAUUUAUUUAUUUGAUGAGAAAUGCAUGGAAAUUUCACCAAACACACUUACAUAUUCAGGUCUUUAGAGACCCAGCCCAAAA